CGAAAAACACAGCAAAAACCUUCUCCGUCAUUUCGUCCUCUGCUUCUCCCACCUUUCCUCACCAUGUAAUAUUCGAUGAGCUUUUUCUCUAUAACCCACCAAAAACCCCUGAUUCCCCAUUCGCAAGUUAGGGUUUUCUUUCUUUUCCCCUUUUGUCCCUCUUUCUCUCUCUUUUUGUCUCACUUUCUCUCUCACGCACUAAUACACAAUAGGCUUUUGGGGGAUGGUUAGGUAGUGGUGACAGUGGAAAAAUGGGUCGGGAAGGCGGGUACGUGGUGCCAGUGGAUCCGGGUAUGGGUACGGGUGGUGGGUUGAAGAAAAAGGGUGCCGGGUCACGCAGCUGGAUUUUGAUGGAUUCUUCCGGCCAAGAAACCGUCUUGGACGUCGACAAAUAUGCGAUCAUGCAUCGCGUGCAAAUCCACGCGCGUGAUCUUCGCAUUCUCGACCCUCUUUUGUCGUAUCCCUCCGCGAUUCUUGGUCGCGAUAGAGCCAUUGUUCUCAAUCUAGAGCAUAUCAAGGCUAUCAUUACGGCUGAAGAGGUUCUACUUCGAGAUCCAUUAGAUGACAAUGUAACUCCUGUUGUUGAGGAACUGCGAAGGCGUUUGAAAUCUGUCAAUUCUAAUCAUGAAAAUCAUGAAGAUGGGAAGGAGUUGCUUGCCCAUAAUGAUGUCGAAAAUGGUGAAGAAGAUGAAUCUCCAUUUGAAUUUAGGGCCCUGGAGGUAGCGUUGGAAGCUAUAUGUAGUUACCUUGCUGCCCGCACAAUAGAAUUGGAGACUGCUGUCUACCCAGCUUUAGAUAUGCUAACAUCCAAGAUUAGUAGCCGUAACUUAGACCGAGUUCGUAAAUUGAAGAGUCAAAUGACUAGGUUGACUGCUCGAGUGCAAAAGGUGAGAGAUGAGCUUGAACAGCUUUUGGAUGACGAUGAUGAUAUGGCUGAUCUUUACUUGUCAAGAAAGUUGGCUGGUGCAUCUUCGCCUGUUAGUGGUUCAGGUGCUGCUGGUUGUUUUCUUGCGUCUCCUACCAUAGGCUCAAAGAUUUCCAGAGCUAGUAGGGCAAGUGUAGCUACGGUCCGUGGGGAUGAAGAUGAUGUCGAGGAGCUUGAGAUGUUACUCGAGGCUUAUUUUAUGCAAAUUGAUAGCACACUGAACAAGUUGGCUACGUUACGCGAGUAUAUUGAUAACACAGAAGACUACAUAAACAUUCAGCUGGACAAUCAUCGAAAUCAGCUGAUUCAGCUAGAGCUCUUUCUCAGUUCGGGUACCGUAUGUAUGUCUAUCUAUUCGUUAAUAGCUGGAAUCUUUGGCAUGAACAUACCCUAUACUUGGAAUGAUGACCAUGGUUACAUGUUUAAAUGGGUUGUCGUCUUCUCGGGGUUUCUUGCUGCUCUAACUUUUGUGCUCAUUAUUUCGUAUGCUCGUUGUAAGGGACUUGUUGGAUAAUGGCAUACUUCAAAUCGUCUUUGUCAGAUUGAAGAGCAUCCAGCAGUAACCUGCUUUAAUUCCAACCGGACUCUGCAAAUUCUAACCAUCUGAUCGACCUGUUUUUUAGUGCAUAUACAAAAUUGUUAACUGUAAUUAUGGUGUUGCAUCUUACUAGUUGUAAUUUUACCCACACGGUAACCUACCUAUAUAUGCGGCUAUGGAUUAAGCUUUUCUCGUUCCGUUUGUAACGUUUACUCGUUGGAUUUUUACCAGUAGUUAAUAUACUAGGAAAGUAUAUAUUAUUAUGUAUA